UGCUACAGACACAAGACAUUUGAAAUGCAAAGACAUUACAGUUUGAUAUGUUUGGUUAUGAUUGGACUCCAUGUAGCAAAUGGGGAAAUUUGUUCACCAGAUGAACUAGAAUGUAGAAUUGGCAAACAAUGUUAUCCAAAGGAAAACAGAUGUAAUGGGAUAGAAGACUGUCCCGAUGGAGAGGAUGAAUAUGAAUGUGAUGCAUGCAAUGGUGGUGCCGUUCCAUGCAGACGCAGCUCAUAUGUGAAAUGUUUGCCUAGUGAAACGCGUUGUGACGGAAUUAUGGCAUGUCAAGGUGCCCCAGAUGAAGAGAACUGUACUGUUUGUAACAAGAAUGCUUUCAAAUGCCCAAAAGAAGAAAGAUGUAUUCAAGAAAAGUGGGUAUGCGACGGGACAGCAGACUGCAAUGAUUUUGCAGAUGAAAUCGGAUGUUUCCAAUGUGGUGCGGACGAGCUGUUUUGUCCUUUUGAUAGCGUAGAAUGUAUUCACGCCAGCAAAAUACUUGAUGGAAAUAAUGAUUGUGGAGGGUGUUAUGAUGAGCGCUUUAGUGAAGAAUGUUUCAAUGGACAGGGCUAG